AUUCUCCUUUCCUUCAAAGCUUUGCUUUAAUCCCUUACUUGUCACAGGCGAAAGGCCAAUAUGCUUUGCCCCACACCCAAACAAAGUAUAUCAUAUUCUAUAUAUGUUUCUUCCGAAGAACCUAUGUCAUUGUCUGACAACACACAACCAUCCAAAUCAACGGAUUAUUUUCGAUGGCGACUUCCAGUGGCUCCAAAGAUGAUGCCGCCGGCCUCCCAAAAUCCCACUCAAAAAGGGUUAGUAGAGCUCCCACUAUGGUGGAUCCUGGAGAUGAGGUAGGUGCCGUUGAUAGUGAACUCGUACCCUCUUCUCUAGCUACCAUCGCUCCCAUUCUCCGUGUUGCAAAUGAGGUCGAGGAGGACAACCCUAGAGUCGCUUACCUCUGUCGAUUCCAUGCAUUUGAAAAGUCUCAUCAGAUGGAUCCAACUUCAAGUGGACGUGGUGUUCGACAAUUUAAAACAUAUCUACUACACAAACUUGAAAAGGAAGAAAAUGAGACUUACUGUAAGCUUGCAAGUAAUGACACAAAAGAAAUACAGAAGUAUUACCAGAACUUUUAUGAGAGCAAUAUCAGAGAGGGACAAUAUACAAAGAAGCCGGAGGAGAUGGCUAAGAUAUAUCAGAUUGCAACGGUUUUGUAUGAUGUACUGAAGACGGUGGUGCCACCUGCAAAACUCAAUGAUGUGACAGAGAGAUAUGCUAGAGAAGUUGAGGAGAAGAGACAACAAUAUGAACACUACAAUAUCCUUCCAUUGCAUGCCAUUGGAGUUAAACCGCGAAUUAUGGAAUUCCCCGAGAUCAAGGCCGCCAUUAAAGCCUUACAUAUUACCGACAAUCUUCCCAUGCCAAGACUUUCUGAAGGCAGAGAUCGAGCUGCUCAUGAUAUUCUUGAUUGGCUUUCUUCUAUUUUUGGAUUCCAGAAAGGAAAUGUGGCAAAUCAACGGGAGCAUUUAAUAUUGCUACUUGCAAAUAUGGAUGUAAGGGACAGAAGUCUUGCUAACUAUGUGCAGUUGAACAGUGCUACUAUACAGCAUUUGAUGGAUACGAUUUUCAAGAAUUACAUCUCAUGGUGUCACUAUUUGCACAUGGAAUCAAAUAUUGGUUUACCUGAUGAAGAUAAAGAUAAAGCAGAUACACAAGCCACACAACAGAAACAACUUAUCUACAUAUCACUUUAUCUUCUUAUUUGGGGGGAAGCAUCAAAUGUUCGAUUUAUGCCGGAAUGUCUUUGCUACAUCUUCCACAGAAUGACAGAUCAUGUUCAUAAACUGUUAGGCGUUGUCCACUCUGACCCUUCCCUUGGGAUUUAUAGUUUAUUACAUGGUGAUGAAUCAUUCUUAAAGGAGGUUAUUACUCCAAUAUAUGAGGUCAUGCUCAAGGAAGUCAAGAGAAACAAAGGUGGAAAGACAAGUCACUCGGCAUGGAGAAACUAUGACGAUCUAAAUGAAUACUUUUGGUCACGGAAAUGUCUGGAUAUAGAUUGGCCGUUUCAGCCUAAAAAAGCUGGCGCUGACUUUUUUGUGCAUGCAAAUGAGAAGGAGACUCCAAAUUUGGGUCGUCGUAACCAAGUCACUGCAGGAAAGAGGAAGCCCAAGACAAAUUUUGUUGAAGUACGGACAUUUUGGCAUCUCUAUAGAAGUUUCGACCGAAUGUGGAUUUUCUUUAUAUUGGCUUUCCAGGCUAUGGUAAUCAUUGCAUUCAAUGGUUCAAUAAGUAACUUAUUUCAGGGGGAUGUCAUCAAAUAUGUUUCAAGCAUUUUCAUUACACACGGAGUUCUGAACUUUCUGCAAGCUUCUAUGGAUAUAAUUCUUAGUUUGCAAGCCUGGAGAAGUUUAAGAUUUACUCAGAUACUCCGUUACCUACUGAAGUUGGUUGCUGCAGUCUUUUGGGCUAUAGUCCUUACAGUUACUUAUUGUAAAUCUUGGAGUAAUCCUACUGGUGUGGUCAGAAUCUUCAGUCACUGGGCAGGAGAUCAACAUUUUGAGACACUCUUUGGCUAUUGUGUUGCCAUUUAUCUGAUUCCCAAUGUUUUGGCUGUUGUUCUUUUCCUUCUUCCAUCUAUAAGGAAAUCAAUGGAACGUUCAAACUCUCGUAUUGUGGUUAUCAUAAUGUGGUGGGCUCAGCCAAAACUUUAUGUUGGAAGGGGAAUGCAUGAAGAUGUCUUCUCACUUUUGAAGUACACCAUAUUUUGGAUUUUGCUACUAAUAUGCAAGCUAGCUUUCAGUUACUAUGUAGAGAUAAUGCCAUUAGUCAAUCCCACCAAGAUAAUAAUGCAGAUAAAAGUUACCGGAUAUGAAUGGCAUGAGUUUUUCCCAAACGUGACUCAUAAUAUGGGAGUGGUCAUUGCUAUAUGGACACCCAUUGUCCUUGUCUAUUUAAUGGACACCCAAAUUUGGUAUGCUAUAUUCUCCACCAUCAUUGGUGGGAUUUAUGGAGCCUUUAGCCACUUGGGAGAGGUAAGGACCCUUGCAAUGCUGCGGUCUAGAUUUAAUUCUGUUCACUCGGUUUUCAGUGAAACUCUUCUACCGCCACUAGGAAAUGAAGCUGUAAUCUUUCUAAUCUAUAUAUGUUCAUUAAAAUAUACUAGUGUUUAUGCUCUUCUGACAACAAUUAAUGUUGUACUGCAGUAUGAUGUGAGAAAGAACAUAGCAAAAUUUUCUCACUCGUGGAAUGAAUUUGUCAUUUCCUUGCGGACGGAGGAUUUGAUCAGCAAUAGGGAAAGGGAUCUGCUUCUUGUCCCGUCUUCUUCUGAUGUGGUUUCCGUGGUUCAGUGGCCCCCUUUUCUGCUUGCAAGCAAGAUUCCCAUAGCACUGGACUUGGCAAAAGAUUUCAAGGGAAAAGAUGAUGCUGAUCUAUUCAGGAAGAUUACAGCUGAUGAUUAUAUGCGCUGUGCUGUAAUUGAGGCCUAUGAGACUUUAAAGGAAAUAUUAUUUAGUCUUCUUCAAGAUGGAGUAGAUAUUAAGACCAUUGAGUACAUCUGUCAUGAAGUAGAAAACUCAAUCCACAAGCGGACUUUUUUGGCUACUUUCCAAACUAGUGGAUUGCAAUCGCUAAGUGAUAAGUUUGAGAAGCUGUUGAAUCUUUUGAUUUUGAAGAAAGCGGAAGGGGAUUAUGACGAUGAAGAAUUAUACAAAUCACAAAUCAUCAACGUCUUAAUAGAUACUAUUGAAAUUAUCAUUGAGGAUGUUCUUGUAAAUAGACAAGAAGUCAUUCCCUAUCGUUCGGGUCAUAAGAGAGAGCAAAAGUUUGAAAAAAUGAACAUCAAUCUGUCACAAGACAAAAUUUGGAAGGAGAAGGUUGUUAGGCUUCAUUUACUUUUGACUAUCAAAGAGUCUGCAAUUAAUGUUCCUAUGAAUAUAGAAGCCCGGCGGAGGAUCACCUUUUUUACUAACUCGUUAUUCAUGAACAUGCCAAGAGCUCCGAAAGGUCAAGACAUGCUUUCUUUCAGUGUUUUGACUCCAUAUUACAAGGAAGAGAUUAUGUACUCAGAGGAGGAACUCAAUAAGGAGAAUGAGGAUGGAAUUACGACACUGUUUUACCUUCAGAAGAUAUAUCCUGAUGAGUGGGACAAUUUUGAAAAACGUAUAAAAGAUUCCAGCGACAGGAAGGAGUUAAUCCGGCAAUGGGUAUCAUAUAGGGGGCAGACACUUUCUAGAACAGUCAGAGGAAUGAUGUAUUAUCGGGAUGCUCUUGAACUUCAAUGCUUCUUGGAUUAUGCUGACGACAAUACUCUUUAUAAUGGCUAUCGCACUAUCCACACAAAUAACGAGUCAUAUAAAUCCACCAAGGAAUAUGCAAAAGCUCUUGCAGAUAUGAAGUUCACCUAUGUUGUCUCUUGUCAGAUAUAUGGUGCUCAAAAGAAUUCUAGGGAUGCUAAGGAUAGAAGUUAUGCUUCCAACAUUCUGAAUCUCAUGUUGACGUAUCCCUCCUUGCGUGUUGCCUAUAUUGAUGAACGCGAAGUUGAAAACUCGGAGAAGGUUUAUUAUUCAGUCUUAGUGAAGGGUGGGGAAAAAUUGGAUGAGGAAAUAUACCGAAUCAAACUCCCUGGACCUCCAACAGAAAUUGGUGAAGGCAAACCUGAAAAUCAAAACCAUGCAAUUAUUUUUACACGUGGAGAAGCAUUGCAAACAAUAGAUAUGAACCAGGAUAAUUAUCUUGAGGAAGCUUUCAAAAUGAGAAAUGUUCUCGAAGAGCUUCAAAGGACCUAUCAUGGACGAAAACCAACAAUCUUGGGACUGCGAGAGCAUAUUUUCACUGGAAGUGUCUCCUCGCUUGCUUGGUUUAUGUCAAAUCAGGAGACUAGUUUUGUCACCAUUUCCCAACGCAUUCUGGCUGACCCUCUAAGGGUUCGAUUUCAUUAUGGUCAUCCUGAUAUAUUCGAUAGAUUAUUUCACAUAACAAGAGGUGGAAUUAGCAAGGCCUCAAAAACGAUUAACCUAAGUGAGGACAUAUUUUCAGGUUACAAUUCAACUCUCCGAGGAGGAUUUGUAACGCAUAACGAAUAUAUACAAGUAGGAAAAGGGAGAGAUGUAGGUAUGAAUCAAAUAUCUCUCUUUGAGGCCAAGGUUGCAAAUGGGAAUGGAGAACAAACUCUAAGUCGUGAUGUUUAUCGACUUGGACGUCGGUUUGACUUCUUUAGGAUGCUUUCGUUCUACUUCACGACAGUUGGUUUCUACUUUAGCAGCAUGAUUACUGUGCUUAUUGUGUAUAUAUUCCUGUACGGAAGGCUGUAUUUGAGUCUGAGUGGGUUGGAAAAGCGAAUUUUGAGUGAUAAAAAUAUUAACCCGAAUGCACUUCAAGAAGCUUUGGCUACUCAGUCGGUUUUCCAGCUGGGAUUACUUCUGGUGUUGCCGAUGAUAAUGGAAAUUGGGCUUCAGCGGGGUUUUCGGUCAGCUCUAGGCGAUCUUGUGCUAAUGCAACUGCAAUUAGCCCCUGUUUUCUUUACUUUCCAACUUGGAACAAAGGCCCAUUACUAUGGCAGAACAAUUUUACACGGAGGUUCCAAGUAUCGAGCUACAGGGCGUGGGUUUGUUGUUUUCCAUGCAAAAUAUGCGGACAACUACAGAAUGUAUUCAAGAAGUCACUUUGUGAAAGCUCUUGAGCUGGUUAUCCUGUUGGUUGUUUAUCAAGUGUAUGGAACUCAUCGCAGUUCGACUCUGUACAUGUUCAUCACUUUCUCCAUCUGGUUUCUGGUUGGGUCAUGGUUGUUUGCUCCUUUCAUAUUCAACCCCUCCGGAUUUGAUUGGCAAAAGACAGUUGAUGACUGGACUGACUGGACGAGAUGGAUGGGGAAUAGAGGGGGAAUUGGGGUUGCGGUUGACAAGAGUUGGGAAUCCUGGUGGGAUACGGAACAGGAACACCUGAAGUUCACAAACAUUAGGGGGAGAAUAUUCGAAGUAAUACUGGCACUCCGAUUCUGUAUUUAUCAAUUUGGUAUUGUAUAUCACCUUCAUAUUGCUGCUCGCAACAAGAACAUUAUGGUUUAUGGGGUUUCUUGGUUGGUAUUGUUUAUUCUUUUUGGAGCUCUGAAGACGAUGUCAAUGGGUAGGAGGAGAUUUGGGACAGACUUUCAGCUGAUGUUCAGGCUUUUGAAGGUGCUUCUGGCCCUUGGUUUUGUCUCUGUGAUGGUUGUUUUGUAUGUAUUAAGCAACCUCACUGUAAAUGAUAUGUUUGCUUCGAUUCUUGCAUUCAUGCCCACUGGCUGGGCUAUUCUAUUGAUCGGUCAGGCGUGUAGGCCUUGUUUGAAGGGGAUGAGGUUUGGAGCUUGGGGUUCAUUAAUGGAGCUGGCUAGAGCAUAUGAAUAUGUGAUGGGAUUGUUAAUAUUCAUGCCCAUUGCUGUCUUAUCCUGGUUCCCAUUCGUAAACGAGUUCCAGACACGCCUACUAUUUAACCAAGCCUUUAGCAGAGGAUUGCAGAUUUCAAUGAUUCUUGCUGGAAACAAGGCUUCCUCCACUACUCCUGUUCCUGCUGCUCCUGUUCCUCCUGUUCCUGCUGCUGCUCCCACUUCCACUUGAUUCAAUCAAUAUUAUUAAUUAGCUUGAAAACAAAACAAACAAUGGUCAAUCAACUAGUUGUUUGCUCCACCACCAAUACUGAACUCAUAUUUUUUAUUUACUUUUGUUUAUGGUAUGUUAUGUAUAGAUGAAUUGAAUUGAUACCUAACUUAUCUUAUUGGUAAUUUGUAAAUGAAUCAAUUUUUAAGUAAUAUAUAAUAGACCCUCUUUGUUUAACAACU